CCUCCACAGAAGUGUAUCCAGAACCGGUCCUUGUACCUCAGGCUCACCUGCCACGGCCACUUGUUUUCAGGGGCCUCCUGCCCCCCUACAAUGCUUGUGCGCCCCACAGCCUGGCGGGGGGCUGGGGCUAUAGCAACUGAGUGAUCCAAGGUGAUCUCCAGCCAUUGUGUGUGUGAAGCACAGCAGUUGGCCCCAGGCAGAGUCUCCAACUCCAGCUGCACCCCUAGGCCAGCCAGAGCCCCACAUUCCUCUUCCAGAUGCUGCAGAUGCUGGUGCUGGCACUGCCCCUACUGUGGAGCCCUGCACUCACAGCCCCCGCUGCUUCUCCCUCAGCCCCAGGCCAGGCUGUGGGGCGCACAGGCAUCGUAGGGGGGCAGGAGGCCCCUGAAAACAAGUGGCCGUGGCAGGUGAGCCUGAGGUACAAGGACCGGUUCUGGAUGCACUUCUGUGGAGGCUCCCUCAUCCACCCCCAGUGGGUGCUGACGGCGGCGCACUGCCUCGGACCAGACGUCAAAGACCUUGAAGAUCUCAGGGUGCAGCUGCGGGAGCAGAACCUGUAUUACCAUGACCACCUGCUGCGUGUCAGCCGUAUCAUUGUGUACCCCAAGUUCUACACGGUAGAGAAUGGGGGAGACAUUGCUCUGCUGGAGCUGCAGGACCCCGUGAACACCUCCUGCUAUGUCCAGCCGGUCACCCUGCCCCCCACCUCGGAGACCUUCCCCCCGGGGACACCGUGCUGGGUGACCGGCUGGGGCGAUGUGAACAAUAACGUGCACCUGCCACCCCCAUACCCUCUGAAGGAGGUGAAGGUCCCUAUUGUGGAAAAUAGUGUCUGUGAGUCCAGUUACCACAUGGGUGUCUACACUGGGGACAACGUCAGGAUCAUCAAAGAUGACAUGUUGUGCGCCGGCAAUGAGGACCAUGACUCCUGCCAAGGAGACUCCGGGGGCCCCCUGGUCUGCAAGGUGAAUGGCUCCUGGCUGCAGGCAGGUGUGGUCAGCUGGGGAGACGGCUGCGCUCAGCCCAACAGGCCAGGCAUCUACACCCGCGUCACCUACUACCUGCCCUGGAUCCACCAGCAUGUCCCCGAGGAUCCCUGAGCCUGUCCCCAUCCCUGUCUCCUGACAAGCCCCCCCCCCCCGGCACCCCCUCCCGUUUCCCUGCCCAGGUGCAGGUGCUGGACCCCAUUAAAGAGCAUGACAAGCA